AUGUCCGCCGUCGCAAACCCAACGCCGGCAGUGCUCCAUGCCUUUGUCGAAAAGGACAAGGGCAAAAAGGCCAAGGACAGGAACUCGCUGGACAUGCGCGAGGCCUACUCGUGGGACAGGAACAAGGCGAGUCAAGAUUGUGACAGCCGAUGGCCGGCAGACAACUGGCUGAUACCAACAUGCUCUGAGGUGAGUGCGCCCCUUCUGCUGGUCCGACAGUCAUCUGACAGCCGCAGCCUCCCCGCUGGCAAAGAAUUCCACGCCGGCGUAGAUUGGCAAAAGCAACCGUCGCAGCACAUCAGCCGCCUCUACGUCACGGGCUGGCUCGGCAAAGAUCUCACCACAUCCAAAUUCUCCACCGCGGGCUUCGUGUCGGGCGGUCUCCACCUGUUCAACCACUAUGACAUGCUGGGCAUGUUCCUCGGCCUGCUGGGGCCGGCGAUCUCGGGCCAGGUGAACAAGUACAACUUUUACCUGCCCCUGACGGCCAUGUACGCGCAGUGGUGCUCCGAGCUGGGCACCGUCAGGUGGCCCGGCGACUUCCGCGCCAUUCCUGCCAUGUUCCAGUGCACCUGGGACGUCAAGAGUGGCAUGUACAGGCUCGGUGCGUCUCUCGGGGGCCACUUUGCUGAUCGUGGCGGCGAAAACGCCACGGGGACCUGGCUGGAGGUGAUCCGGGACGCGCGCCACGCAGUGCUGGCUCAGCGUCGUGAGGACCGCAUCCACUUUGACGUCGUGAGGGGGACCGAGCCACUCGGCAAGGGCAAGGAGAAGGGAGAGGAGACGCCCUGGGGCAACUGCGCCGAGACGUACCCCUUUGCCGACAUGUUUUGGAGCGACCCCGCCUACAACGAGAGUAACAUACGCGGCAUCGCGCUCAACUGUGAUUUCCUCUUCGACCAAGACGCGGCGCGGAUGGCGGCCAAGGCAGGCACCAGAAAGUUUUACGACGAUGCGCGCUACGGCUAUGUUUACAACUACCAGGAAUUGCCCUGCGUCAACUGCCGACAACUCAUCAACAAGGCCAGAGGGCGGCGCGCGGACUAUGGGGAUUUUUUCUACUAUGGACGCACGUACGGGGAGGACAGUUUCCCUGACCGGAGGGUGGAACGCGAAGCCGAGCGGCUGAUAAGAGAGGGUAAAGAGGCGGACAAGGCGGCGGCCGCCAAGAAAUUGAAGGACAAGAAGGACAAACAGGACGCCAAGGACAAGGCGAAUGGGUGGGAAAAGCAAUAG